AGGUUAUGUCUAAAAUAAUAAAACUUGAUAUAAAUAGAAGUAAUAUAAUACCUGGUGGCCGUCAAGAACGAAGAAAACGUAAAACCGUAGAUAUUUGUAGAGAUAAUGUACUCCAUCCAAAAGAAGACUAUGUUACUUCUAGUAGAACUUAUAGCCCGAGUGACGAUAAAAAAGAUAACGUUAACGUUAAACAAAAAAAAGCUAAAGAUUCUAAGGAAAAUUGUAUCUUAAAAACUGAGAGCGAAACGGCCUGUCAAUCUCAAAAUUCUUCUCCUUUUCAAAUUGUACAUUGAUUUCGUACUUUUUCUUUAACGAUGAACUAACUUUAAAAGAAACGCAGCGCAGACUACAUAUUUCUUCAGCCCCUCAAUCUCUUCCGUGCAGAGAAGAUGAAUUUAACAAACUUUCCGCUUUUCUUGUGGGGAAGCUCGAGUCUCAGUCCUGCGGAGUUAUAUAUAUUUCUGGCGUGCCGGGCAUUGGCAAAUCAGAAACUGCAUGCGGACUUUUUAAUACUUUUUACAAUGAAAAAGUUUUAAAAUAGCUGUGCUUAAAUGCAAAAUAAAAAAAUCCACACAAACACACACGUGGCCUUAAACACGUGCUCGAAGUUGGUACGUGACGUACGUAAGUUAUGCGCUAUUGCGUGUUAAACCGUGUGGGUACGGCAUACGUGUCUUGCCUCUCCGGCUAUUAAAAAUAUUAUUCUUUUUUUUUGAAGGGUAAUAAAGAAUAUGCUCUGUUUUUGUUGGCGGAAGAGGCCCGGAGAGCCCAUCAUAUAACUUAUAAAAGAUUCAUAAUUUUAUAUUUGUUGUCUUUAUAAAGUUUUGGUUACUCUAGAAAAUUCUGGUACACGUGAAAUGUAUAAAGUUUUAGGCUCUGAAUAUUACUGAUUGGACAAUCCCAAUACGAAAAAACUUUAUAGUCACAUGUUUUAAAAGUUUUUAGACAAUCGUUUAUUAUUGGAAGAGAGGAAUUGAUCAGCCAAUUGAAAACUGUCUAAAGGCCAUUAAAAUUAUAUGAUUUUUUAAAAACUUAAGAAAACUCUGAUAGAUUACUGGUAGGGGAACAUCAGGGAGCCAAUCAGAAACUUUAUACUGUACGAAAAAUACUGGUUUUAUUGGCAGCUGAUAUUAACUACGAGUCAAUCAAAGCCUAAGAAAAAGAUAUUAUUGCUCGCUGAAAAAUGUUAUUGUUCAUCGUGUUAUCAAAAGUUUAAAAAAUAAUAAACUUUUACCGAAAUUUAAAUUUAUUGAGAUAAAUGGAAUGAAGUUGAUUAAUGCGAACAAUUUUUAUUCAACAUUUUAUAAAGCGCUUUACGGAAAAUUUUUAUCCGACAGAAACGCAAUGGACCGAUUAGAAGAAUAUUUUUCUACUAAAAGUUUAAAAAAUAAAGAAUUUAUAAUUCUUUUGAUAGACGAGGUGGACCAAUUGGUCACCGGGAAGCAAUCGCUGCUGUACAGAGUCCUCAAUUGGGCUGCUCAACCCAUUUCCAAACUUGUUUUACUUACUGUUGCUAAUACAAUGGACUUGCCGGAGAGAUUUUUCACUUAUAAAAAUUGCAGUCGUUUUGGUUUGACGCGACUGUCUUUUAUGCCGUACACGAAUAGCCAACUUCAUACAAUUAUUUCUAAUAGACUUUCAAGCUCAAAUAUAUUUAAAAAAGAAGCCAUCCAACUUUGCUCGCAGAUGAUUGGCUCGUCUACCGGCGAUGCGCGAACUGCCCUUGACAUUUGCCGCAUGGCCGUAGAUCACGUCUCGCGAGAUUCCGGCGUCUUGAAUUCGGGUUCUACCGAGAAGCUCGUUGGACUCGAUCUUAUUCAAGAGAUUAUCACGUGUACAUUCCGCAUUCCCGUUGUCGAAAUCCUUCACGCUAGCAGUUUUCAUAUGCGCAUGUUUUUGUAUUGCGUUUACUACGAAACACGUGCUUCCGAAAACGAGGCGGCUCGCUUUGGAAAAGUAAAAAAGCGUCAUAUUCAAAAUUGUCUCGUUCAUUCCAUUGCAGACGUUUCCGAUACAAUAAUUCAAGCUGUUUGCUCUCGACUCGCACGUGCUCGCUUUAUUAUUAUUGAAGGGUUUCAAGAAGGUGAUUCAAUGAAAAUAAGACUCAACGUUGAUGCCUUUUAUAUAGAAAAAGCCAUUAAAACGGAUGCUGAUAUUCAAACUUCAUUAUUAUGAAUAAUAA